UGUAGCAACAAAGAGUUUUCAAGGGCGGGAGAAACUAAGCGCUACAAUCAUGGAGUGCUGGGGAGAGAGAGGCGAAAGAGGUCUUCGCUGUUGACCCAACCUCGCCUCUCUUGCGUGAAAAGGAGGGGGGAAAGCGAGCGGCUGCCUUAUUUAUCGCCGACUCGGAGGGGAGCGAUAGAGGAGCCUUUUGCAAGGUGGCGCCCUCAAGUUCUGGCUGCAGACCGCCCCAUCUUCAGCCAGUCUGAGUCGGCCUAUGGGUGACUGGGAGCCAAAAGAUUAAAGGAAAGAGCAGCCAGUCCGAAAUGCCCCAUUGACUCUCCGUGUCCCGCGCGAGCCCUGGCUUCCAGGCGUCAUCUCCGUGCUCAUCCUGUACAUUUGAUACGACUGACGGAGGGAUUCCAAAGUUGGAUCAGUGUAUUCAUUUCGUGAAAUUGUAACGGUUUGGUUGGGGGGAAGGUACAGCGACCUGGUUUGCAAAAAGAAAAGGGAGCAUAAGGCUUUAAACAUUUUCUAGAGUAAAAGUUAUCAUACAGAAGUAAACAUGCCUUCUGAAAUGGGAAAAACAGACAUGGACAGGAUUGGCCUCUUUAGCGAAAUGGAAUAUAUUACUAUUGGAGAUAAAUAUGUCUCGCCAUUUAACCGCCCUUUUAAUGAAGCUGCAAGCAAGAAUAAACAGAUGCUACCAGGAGGUAUUAAAGAGAAAGGAGCCACCCAAGCAGGAUAUUUUGAUCCUCAGUUUUCAAGAAUUUUUGAAGGUGAAAGUUAUUCAAAUCCCGUUCAGUUAAGGAGAAGAUACCGAUUGGCUGAGGCAAAGAAAAACCUGGGAACCAGACCCUUUCUUCCCAGUAAUGGAGAUAAAUUUCCGUGUGGCAUAGGAACCUACUAUGGAACAAUUAGUGGCCCAUGUCCCUUCUUCAGUGCUCAGUUGAAAGAUAAGAUUGCAUAUGUACAACCAGGGAAAAAUCUCUAUACCAGUCCAGGGAAGAAAGGAACUGGCUAUGGGUAUCCAAAUCUCACCAUAGGUAAACCAUAUACACAUUCAGUUGAAUUGUUUGACAUAGGAAGAAUAAAUUUUAAGAAAAUAUCUGAAGAACAUCGCCAUCUGAUGAAAGGUGGACCAUUCAAGUUAAAUCUUUAUCCCCGAGAAUAUUUCGAUACAAAUCCUUACCAUGAUGAAGGGCCGUUUCCUCCACCAAAAAGGCAACCUGAAAAAAUACCCAUUCCACAUCCUUUUAAGCCAAGUUCUCCAGCUAAAAAGCCAGGAGGCAUGAAAGCAGGCACAUUUGAUCCAUUUCCAACUCAUUCUGCAGACCCAUAUGGGGUUAGAAUGCCUAGGGCUUCAACAACUAAUAAACAAGGAAACGUAUUUCACCCUAAUCCUGGACCUAAGAGCAGACCAGUAAGAAGUAUUAUGGCCUUAAACAUUGAAAAGUCAUUAAAUGUAACUAAUUACACGAAUCCCCGUGUGAUGUCAUAUUAGCUGCACAGAAGCAAAGUGAAUGAACAAACUUUCUGGACUGCAAACAGUAACAGCUCAAGUAAAUAAAAGUUUUGUGGCUGAGGGAAAUGUGUCAGAUAUAGCUAUCUGCAUUCAUUUUAUAAGAACUAAUUGAUACUAUAGUUAUUGAUGAUAUAUAUAAAAUGUAAUUUAAAUUUUGAUAUGUUAUUUAUGUUGUGUAUAUUGGAUAGUAUUCGCUUUUUUUUGGUGAGAUUUUUUUUCAGCCAUGAAAAGAACAAAUACUAUUAUUUAUAAUUGUCCUGUCCUUUUUUUUAAUCUGAACAUAGUUAUUAAAUAAUUGCUCUAUUUAAACAAACUUCUCUGAAUUGUACUUGCUCUCAAAUGAAAAUUACUAAUAACCUGGGCAACUCUACAUUGAAAUAAAUAUUCUUCAGACAUUUAAAAUAAAAGCUGAGAAUUUAACUUCAUAGUAUCACUGUUUGGAAUUAGACUUGCUAGCCUCCUUUCCCAAUUUAGAGCUUCUAAAGCUUUACAGUGGGUGAAAAGUCCAAGUUUUCUUUUUGCUGCCUCCCAACAGUAUGUAAUAAAAAUCAUCCAGUGAGUUAUCAAAUCCCAGAGUUUGUGAUGGACAUGAAAAGAACUAAAAAAUCAGUUUUAGUUAUCAUGUCUGUAUUUUAUCUCUAGAUAACAAAUAAGAGUUAUCUGUCUCCAAAUACCAGUUUUGGGAAGCAUAGAGAACUGUUCUCUCUCUUUCAUACCAAUGAGCAUUUUUGCUGGCUACUGAUUGUUUGCUGUAAGAAAUAGGAAGCUAGAUUGCUGAAGUGUUUCUGAUUCAACAAGUUUUUCUAUGUUAAAGCUAAAGCCUGUGUUCAUGUGGAAAAACCCAUUGAAAUCAUUGCAAGAUAUAUAAAGGUAAAGGUUCCCCUCACACAUAUGUGCUAGGCGUUCCUGACUCUAGGGGCGGUGCUCAUCUCUGUUUCCAAGCCGAAGAGCCAGCACUGUCCAAAGACGUAUCUGUAGUCAUGUGGCAGGCAUGACUAAACGCCAAAGGCACACGGAACACUAUUGCCUUCCCACCAAAUCUGGUCCCUAUUUUUCUACUUGCAUUUUUUCUUAUGUGCUGAAUGAUUACUUAUGACUGUUACAUUCUUAUUCCAAUCUUGGGAUGAGAUGUACCAGCUUUUAAAGAGAAUGCAAUGAAAAAAUUGAGUUUCAGCCAGACUUGAGUGGGAUUAUCUCUUAAACAGAGUAGUACAGAAUUGGGCUAUUUAUAGAAUUGAUAGGUUAGAGUGCUUAUAAUUAUUUUAAAAUAAUAUUUCUGUCUGAAAUAUUGCUAGUGGUUUAUAUAUUGAACUGAUACAAGAAUUUAGCUGGCAUCGAUUAGCAUAAAUAUAACAUUCUCCCUGUAGAAAAAAACUCUUCUAAAAUAAUGAUCUAAAAUAUACCUG